UUUUCUUAAACUGGAAUAAUGCCUUUUUGCUGGAGUAGAAGCUCCUGGUUUCCAGUGGUGUUCAGUGCUGCGCUGGUUGCUCUUACUGCUGCUAAUGCUGGACCAAAACAGGACAGGAGGCAGGCUGGAUCGUCCUCGUGCUUUGGAGGCUUUGAUCUCUACUUUGUUUUGGACAAAUCUGGGAGUGUGCAGAAUCACUGGACAGAAAUCUACAACUUCGUUGAACAUCUAGCUCAUAGAUUCUUAAGUCCACAGUUGCGGAUGUCCUUCAUUGUGUUCUCCACUGAGGGAAGGAUCUUAAUGAGCCUGACAGAAGAUAGGGAACGCAUUCGUAAAGGUCUGGAGGAGCUCUACAGGGUUCGUCCAGGGGGAGACACCUUCAUGCAUGAGGGCAUCCUGAGGGCUAGUGAGCAGAUUUACUAUGGAAACACUGAAGGUUAUCGCACCGCCAGUGUUAUCAUAGCUCUGACGGAUGGAGAGUUGCACGAGGAUCUCUUCUACUACGCUGAGAGAGAGGCCAACCGCUCCCGAAGUCUGGGUGCCUCUGUUUACUGCGUGGGGGUGAAGGACUUCAAUGAGACCCAGCUGGCAAACAUAGCUGAUAGUAAGGACCAUGUCUUCCCAGUAAAUGAUGGAUUUGAGGCCUUGCAAGGGGUCAUCGACUCGAUCCUGAAGAAGUCCUGUAUUGAGAUCCUGGCGGCAGAGCCCUCUAGUAUCUGUGCAGGAGAGUCCUUCCAAGUGGUGGUGAGAGGAAAUGGAUUCCUCCACGCCCGCAAUGUCGAUAAGGUCCUGUGCAGCUUUCGCAUCAACGACACCCUCACUAAGAUGGUAAAGCCUUUGGUUGUUGAAGAUACAUAUCUUCUCUGCCCUGCACCAGUACUUCAAGAGGAGGGGAUGGUAGCAAACCUUUAUGUCAGUAUGAAUGAAGGUCUCAGUUUCAUCUCCAGUUCAGUAACCAUUUCCACUGUGGGCUGUUCUGAUGGGACCAUCCUGGCCAUAGCUCUGCUCAUCCUGAUGCUACUCUUGGUCUUGGCUCUACUCUGGUGGUUCUGGCCUCUCUGCUGCACUGUGAUCAUCCAUGAACCCCCCCCACCAGCUUCGGAGGCGAGUUCGGAUGAUGAAGACUUUGAAGCCCCUAAGAAGAAAUGGCCGACUGUAGAUGCCUCCUACUACGGAGGAAGAGGAGUUGGGGGAAUCAAAAGGAUGGAGGUCCGCUGGGGCGAGAAAGGUUCCACCGAAGAAGGAGCAAAGCUGGAAAAGGCCAAAAAUGCCAAAGUGAAGAUGCCUGAACAGGAGUAUGUGGAGGCCCCAACGCGCAUUCUCAACAACGGCAUGCACAAACCUCUGGGGCCACGCAAGUGGUACUCACCCAUUAAGAGCAAACUGGAUGCAUUGUGGGUACUUUUAAGAAAAGGCUAUGACCGUGUGUCUGUCAUGAGACCUCAUCCGGGUGACAAGGGCAGAUGCAUGAACUUCACUCGCAUAAAGACUCCCUCUCCUCAUUACCCGGACUACAACCAUCACUCGUCUCCCAUCUACAACCCUUCCAGCAGGACUCCACCUCCACCGCAGGGCACCCUCCCCCCGAGCCCCAGCAGCCCUCCAUCAUCUCCAACGUCGUCCUCCUCCACCCUUCCACUACUGCCUGCAACACCUCCUCCCACCUCCACCACUCCUCCCUUCCCUCCCAUAUCACCCCUUCCUUACACGCCACCUCCCACCCGUGCUCUUCCUCCGACCACCCUGCACAUACCUGACCCUCCGGUGCUCCCUCCGACACCUCCACCCUCCGCCUCCCUGACUGGUUCCCUGCCUCCUCUUCCAGAGGGACCUCCUCCAGGGCGAGCCCCUCCACCUGCCCGCCCACCACCUCGCCCUGGCCUGUAGAGCUCCAGGAGCAGGCAGGAGAGAGUUUAACAAAAUUUAAAAGGCAACUCAGAGCCCCACCAACAAUCAGCACAUGACCAUCCUUGAUUGUACCUGUGGGGUCUUGUGAGUGCCCUCUGCCACCCUCGGUGGGCUGUGGCCUUUCUGCCUUGUGAAGUGGACCAUUCAGGACUUUUUUUCAGCUCUUUGUCUACAGUGACUUUUGUACACAUUUAGCAAAACAGUGCAAUUGUUCGGAUGCUUGAAUUAGACCGACAUUCCCUACGAAUAAGGUCAUGUGGGCCGGCUCUAAAUUAUUUUCCUUCAUGGUCCUCAGAGCUGCUUCAGGCCCUGUGGUCCCUUCCAUGCGUACGCAAGAUUAGAUGAAUCCUAACCGGCUUGAACUAAUGCCUCUUCACAAGGAGCACAGUCACAUUCACACAUCAAGACACUAAAAUAUGUGCCUGUUACAUUUCCUGAUAAGAGAUAAAAGACAAAUGUUGCAAAUGUUCCAUAUACGACAGAUUUAGGAUGAUUUCGAAGAAUCUGAAAUCCCAGUUUUUGUACUCUUGAAUGUUGAGCAGUUGCAUGCAAGUGUUUGAGUUGACCAUUUUGUAACAUUUCUACCUUGUUUUUAUACAACAUAAAUGUAUUUUUUAUUCGUACUGUUUUGAGAACCACAUUUUCCAUGUUUUAAGGUUAGAAAAACAGUCAUUGCUGAUAAACACAUAUAACGUAAGCGUAUUGAAACAGCCAUGCAACAUAUCUGAACUUGUUGUUCCAACUUUUGACUUGCGUGCCACAUUAACCGGCUUUAUGUGAGUCACAGCUGGCCUUAUUCUGGUGCACAUCAGUGUAAAUGUUUUUUCAGCCCUAUUACUAUAACUGAAAUGACCAAGUUGACUGUAAUCACUGCAUAUGCUCCGUCUGUCAAUACGUGGACAAAAAUAUGUCCAUCAGGGAAAAGCUUUGCACAUCGUCUUGCUCAUCAACCCACGGCCUCUAGCAAAGAGGUUUUAUGUAAAUAAUCAUUUUGAUAUAACCAUGUGUGUUCAGAUAUC